AUGGGGGCUGAUUCGGACCUGCCUCGCGCGCCGGAGGCAUUGUCGUCGAGAAGAAUUUAUUCGGCGAAGAAUGUCGUUUUGGUUCCCCAGUCCGAAUGGGACGACACCAUCGAGCGGCUUCGAGACGUAUUGAAUGAUAUCUGUUCAAUCAUCAAAGCAGCGUUUAAUCACACGACUAUUUUUUCUUGUGCUAUUGUUCCUGACACAACGAUGAACUGGCAACAUCGAAUUUGAAUAACUGGGGUUGCUUGUCUGAGCCGGCAACAAUACACGAUGCUUUUUUUAAAUGUAAAAGAAAAACCAAAACCCCUGCAGCUUAUAGAGGAGAACGAAAGCUUGAGGAGACGGCUUGGAAGAGGGGGCGGCGGGCGUUCCCCGAAACGAUCACGUUCCCGGAACCGAGGCGGAGCACGAGAUGCGUCCCCGAUCUCCGCCCCCGGGCGAAAUGCGCAGAAGCGCGCCGGACGCAACGAAGAUAGCGACUUAGACGAGGAACCCGAGGGCGCAAACGUCUCUGGGGGCACGGUACAAGCCAACGGCAGCGACGAAGAGCCAGCAAUGAAUUUCUCUGCCGCACAACUCUGCAGCUUCCUCACCGAAAUUUACAACCGCAAAAUCCCGUCCAAUCAGCCACUGGAGAAGAAAGGUACUUAUGCUUGGAGCGUUUUUCUUGCUGUGCAUUAUGGUACUUCUUUGUUUGUAUCAUUCCUUCUUGGCUCGCACUCGUGCACAACAGAAUCAGCUUAUGAGCGGUCAUCUUCUCUCGUCUUUUCAACUUUUUCACAUCAUCGACAGGCCCGGAGAUCGAAAGGAAAAUCGAGGAUUUUAUGCAGUUCUUCGAUGAGGGGAUCAAGGUGAAGAUGAUCGACGGACGGGACAUUUUGGGCAACCAUUGGGCGGUGAAGACGCGGUACCAGUGCGUGUUCACGGAAUCCGGGACGGAGCUGCAGCAGAUAACGCACAAGCGGUUUUUCUUCGAAACGCACCCGGAAUUCCGGUCGAACAAAACCACACUCUGUAUGGACUUUGAAACGCACAAACACAUAAUCUCGGCGGCCGCCGGGACCCACCCGGACGGACGCGAGGGCUUGACGAAACCCCGAACGCAGAACCUCGUGUGCCUUUACAUCUGUUUCGACAACAAAGUGCAGUCCAUGCUGAUGGUGCGCGACAGCGCAAAGCUCGGAGUCAGCCCGGAACUCGGCGAAGAAGCACUGCGCACCCACAAGGACCUGAAGGAUAUGUUCGAGUAUAUUAAGAAAGAAUACCCAAAUCACACCCAAGUCACCUUCCAGAACUACCACAACAUCACUACCAUUGGGUAGCAGUGAUGGUGAACAAGCGUACAGCUCACAUAUGAUGAUUAAUAUUCCCUGCGGAAAAUAAAAACGACUAUUAUCGCCAGACUGAAGAGUACAGUAAAAGUUCUUCUUCUUCAUUCAGUUUUGGAUGGACGCGACGACAAAUUUAUUGCACCGCCGCUGCUCGGCACCAGCACUUCAACCUUUUUUCCAGUAACGUUCAUGUUCGCAUUUCGGCUGCGCCAUGCGCUUUCACUUCGUCAGCGUGGCUGGAAUCACAGUCACGAACUGGCAACAUCUGUUGUAAUUGGAAGAACGGCUACUUCUGUCGUAGAAAAGAGUAGAACCUGUGCCAAAAGCUAUUCAAAGAGGCUCGCUGCGUGCAAAAAAA